AUGACACAGAAGUGGCAGCGACGAGAGAUAUCAAACUUCGAAUACCUUAUGUUCCUCAACACGAUAUCAGGUCGCACGUAUAACGACCUGAACCAGUAUCCCGUGUUCCCCUGGGUGCUUACCAACUACGAGAGCGAGGAGCUGGACCUCAGCCAGCCUUCCAACUACAGGGAUCUCUCCAAGCCUAUCGGAGCGCUAAACCCCAGCCGUCGUGCAUAUUUCGAGGAGCGGUACAGCACUUGGGAGCAUGACUCCACACCGCCAUUCCACUACGGCACACACUAUUCCACCGGCGCCUUCGUGCUCAACUGGCUCGUCCGCAUCGAACCGAUGACAACGAUGUUCCUGGCGCUGCACGGCGGCAAGUUUGAUCACCCCAACAGACUGUUCUCAUCCAUUGCCUCUUCUUGGAAGAACUGCCAGAGAGAUACUUCCGAUGUUAAGGAACUGAUCCCGGAGCUGUUCUUCCUACCGGAGAUGCUGGUAAACAGCGGCGGCUAUAAGCUAGGCAUAUCAGACUCUCCCUCAGGCGACGUACUGCUGCCACCAUGGGCCUCCUCCGCCGAGGAGUUCGUGCGCAUCAACCGCAUGGCGCUCGAGUCAGAGUUCGUCAGCUGCCAGCUGCAUCAAUGGAUUGAUCUCAUAUUUGGAUACAAGCAAAGAGGGCCGGAGGCUGUGCGCGCUACGAACGUGUUCUACUACCUGACGUACGAGGGCGGAGUCCGGCUGGAUCAGAUCACGGACCCGGUGACGAGGACCGCGGUGGAAGACCAGAUCCGCAGCUUCGGGCAGACGCCGGCGCAGCUGCUGAGCGAGCCGCACCCCCCGCGCGCCUCCAGCCUGCACCUGGCGCCGCUCAUGUUCGCGGCGCCGCCUGAUGACGUGUGCAUGCGUCUCAAGCUGCCCUCCAACGCCGCCGUCGUGCACGUCUCUGCCAACACAUACCCCCAGCUCGCCAUGCCCGCCGCAGUCACGGUGAGUGCAGCGCGCGCCUUCGCAGCGCACCGCUGGGCAGGUGGCGGCUGCGCGCACUCUGCCGCCCGAGCUGACCUCGCCCCCCACCAUGCGCCACAUCACCAUCACCCUCUGCUCAUGGACCCUGUAUGGGCGGGCGGCGGCGCGGGCGCGCUGUCGCGGCGUCAGCUGGGCGACAACUUCUCUCAGCGCGUGAAGGCGCGCAGCAACUGCUUCGUUACAACUGUCGACUCGCGCUUCCUCAUCGCUGCAGGCUUCUGGGACAACAGCUUUAGAGUCUUCUCUACAGAAACCGCUAAGAUAGUGCAGAUAAUAUUCGGGCACUACGGCGUGGUGACGUGCGUGUCGCGCUCCGAGUGCAACAUCACCUCGGACUGCUACAUCGCCUCAGGCUCCGAGGACUGCACCGUACUGCUCUGGCACUGGUCAGCACGUCACGGCGGCGUGGUGGGCGAGGGCGAGACGCCGGCGCCGCGCGCCACGCUCUCGGGACACGACGCGCCGCUCAACGCUGUCCUCGUCUCCGCGGAGCUCGGCCUCGUCGUCUCCUCAUCCAUCAACGGUCCGGUGUUGAUCCACACGACGUUCGGUGAGGUGCUGCGCGCGCUGCCGGGUGCGGGGGGUGCGGGAGGUCCGGGGGGCGCGGCGCCGCAGCAGCUGGCGCUGGCGCGCGAGGGUGUGCUGGUGGUGGGCUACGCGCGCGGACAUCUCGCCGCAUACACGCUCAAUGGACGCCGGCUCCGGCACGAGACGCAUAAUGAUAACUUCCAGUGCCUGGUGCUGUCCCGGUGCGGGGAGUACCUGGUGUGCGGGGGGGACGCGGGCGUGGUGGAGGUGUGGCGCGCCUUCACUCUGGCGCCGCUGUACGCCUUCCCGCCAGCCGGCGCGCCCGUCUGCAGCCUCGCGCUCUCACACGACCAGAAAUUCCUAUUGGCGGGUCUCGAAAACGGCUCGCUAGUCGUGUUCCACAUAGACUUCAACAGAUGGCACCACGAGUACCAACAGCGGUACUGA